UUGUUGUUAGCAAAAAUGGCUAAUCAAGAAGUGCAGGUGGCUGAGUUUCUUUUGAACGAUUUCUACGGGCCAAUAGUGAGUGCCGUUGGCCAUCAGCUGCUUCGACACUUCAGUUUGACCCUCCCACAGCUUCGACAAAAGCUUCCCACUGAAUAUCCAAUGGCAAAAAUUAAGGAGAGUUUAAUGUGUCUCUUGCAAAACGGAUUAGCAUCGUCCAUCGUGGACCGGGAUAACGAGCUCAAAACCCAGUUUCGACUACCUAUCGAUAAUGCAGUUAGCCUGAUGCAUUGUGCCGGCUUCAUCUAUCGAGCCAACCUACUGUUCGGUGAAGUGGGCCGUGAGAUAGCGCAUGAGUUUACAUUGCAUGGACAACUUACCUGUGAAGAAGUUGUUAACAUUGUAGCCGAGCGCCUCGAAAGGAGUGAAGAAGACGUGCGCAAAUCGUUGAUAGAAAUGUUUCAGACGCAGUUUGUCAGGACGUCAUCUAUGUUCGAAGAGUACCUGUUAGCUAAAGAAGAGACAGGCGACUCAAAGAAGGUUGAGCCGUUAAUUCAAGAAUAUAAUACGAACCUCACUCCAGGCAUUAUGUACGCGUUAAACCGCCAGCGGUUCUACAGACAGGAACGGAACGAGCUGGUGAUUGAACUCGUUGGCGCUUUGCACAGUCACCACUAUGCGAAGAAUAUCGUUCGCUGUAUGAUCCGUCUACAUGAGACAAAGGCUCGCACCGAUCUCAUGGGUAUAUCCAUGCCGAUGCGCCAGGACGAAAUUGUCAACAUGGUCGAGAAAGAAUUUAAAAUUCCCCGCAAUGAAACAAUUGCUUGCCUUCGCACACUUGUGUUCGUCGCUCGAAACACGCAGUAUCGUCCUGAAGACGAUAUUCUCGUAAUCAAGCGAGACGACUUUCAUACGGACUCGUAUGUGAUUAAUUGGCUCCUAGCGACAAGACUUUGGCUUCGACAGACUGCACUACGGUACGCCACUGAGCGGCACGGUGGGUACGCUUCCUGUAUCUUGGGUAUGUUAUUGUCCCAUGGAGCAAGUGAGAUCGAUGCGGUGCAGCGGGCGACACUUAUCUGUCCGAAGGAGGCAAAGAGCGUCAUGUAUACCCUGGAAACUGAUGGAUUUGUCGAACGACUCGAAAACAUUGUCGCCGGCGAUGGCUUCUAUCGUCAGGAUCCUCGGUACCGCUCCAGCUACCUGCAUCUGGCGCGACUUCUUGAACAGCGCUGGCAGCAGGCAAUAUCCAAUUUACUCGUACAACGAAAGAAAACAGCUGACCAGCAUCGUGUACUUCUUAACAAAUACAAGACGCUCGACAAGUUCGCACGAACUCUUGAGGAGCCGCAGGAUAUCUGUGAUCUCUGGGCGAGCCUCACGCGGCCCGAGCGUCAUACUCUGAGCGUACUGCGUCAGCAAAUGUUGCAGACAGGCGUACAACAGCAAACUCUCUGUCGUGAACUAAUUAUGAUAAAGUAUGCUACGAAAAUGUUCCUUAACGAGUAAUAACCAAAGGAGUUAACUGUGUGUGUAGAUCUUACGAAAGAUAAAAUGUUAUUGGCCAAGAAAAACCACAACUGUACAGCUGUAAUUUAUUUUUUGUAUAAGUAGUGAUCAUAUUUUUAUAAUGAAAGAAAGUAGUUUUUAAGUGUUGUAUUUUAAUUUAGAACCUGAUGGGUGCCAAAUAUAAGCCCUUUUUGAAUCUAUUUACUUAAAAAAUAUAUGCAGUAAUCCUGCUAUUUUCGUAGGUAUUUAAUAACUUUUAUUAGGUUGGUUUAAACGAACGAUUUGACCAAUGCGUGCUAAGCUAUCAAAUCCGUUAGAAUUUAUUCGUAGAUCAUGUGUGCCUGUGUUGUUGAGAAUCCGCUUCACUUUGAAGAUCAGCAUAUGUAAAUGAUUGUCCUUUUAAACACAAACAUUGUUGGAACAUUCAUUGGCUGCUCGUGAUGCUCGACUAACCAGCAGCAAACCUAUUUAGGUUAUAUUGUGCGACGAGGUAUUUUAUAGGCUACGAAGAAUGAGACCAGGUUUUCUGAAUGAUCGGGACAUGGCAACUUGAACGAUUGUAAACGAUAAUAAUAAAUCAUCAUUGUUAAUAAUAAAAACACACGACGUAUGG